AUGCAGGUGGUCGAGGCAGGAGACCAGUGUUUCGACAUAUUUGGUUCUGACUCGCUCACGCUGGACCCUGAGCGGGCGCGCGUAUCACGCCAACGCUGUACCACAGCACAGCAGUACAGCAGCACAGCGGCGGUGAGUUAUCAGCAGCAGCAGCUCAAGCUGCGCAUUGCUCCACACGACCUGAGCCUGAAUUGCGAAUCUGGCCCUGCAGCUCGUCAGUCAAAAAGCGGCAUGACUGGACUUGGAUCUGCGGCUCCUUGUCUCGAUCGUACAACGUACCGUCGGCGUCAUCAUCACCAUCAUCAUCAACCACAACACCAUCGCAGUCAACAUCGUCAGUGUCACCCACACGCAGCACAUGACUCUGACCUCCCUACGCAGGCCUCUCCACACACGUGCCCACUCACCGGAGCUCAUGACUUUGGCCGCCUAGCUUACAAACGUACGAUAGUGGAAAGUCGUUCCCAUUCCUACAAGGACACGACCAGCUGCACCUCCUCUUCCCGGGUCAGCAUUGCCUAG